GCUCAAGUCAUGUCCUGGGUCCUAGGUUCUGUUGAUCCAAACAUUGUCCUGAAUCUCCGACCUUACAAAACAGCAGCCACAAUGUGGGACUACUUGAAGAAAGUCUACAAUCAGAACAACGCCGCUCGAAGAUUCCAGCUUGAACACGACAUAGCCUUAUUUAAACAGGAUAGUCUCUCCAUCUCUGAAUUUUACUCUCAAUUCAUGAAUCUUUGGGCUGAAUAUACUGAGAUAGUUUAUGCAGACUUAACUUCUGAAGGUUUAAGUUCUGUACAAUCUGUUCAUGAAACUACCAAGCGAGAUCAAUUUCUUAUGAAAUUGAGAUCUGAAUUUGAAGGUAUUCGGUCCAAUCUCAUGCAUAGAAACCCUGUACCAUCAUUGGAUGCAUGUUUCAAUGAUAUGUUACGUGAAGAACAACAUCUGCUGACACAGUCCAUCAUUGAAGAUCAAAAAGUGUCUACUGUUCCAGUGGCUUAUGUGGCACGAGGAAAGACAAGAAGUCAUGACAUGAGUGUUGUUCAAUGUUUCUGUUGCAAGAAAUUGGGACAUUAUGCUUCAAACUGUCCAGACAAAGUCUGCAACUACUGCAAAAAAGACGGACAUAUUCUGAAGGAAUGCCCAAUAAGGCCACCAAGGAGAAAUGUCACAGCCUUUACAACCUCGGUUGAUUCAUCUAUUCCUAGCAACUCGGUCAAUCCAGCACCGGUUCAGCAAAAUGCUCCUACUGCUUCAUCAUCAGUGACCCCUGAAAUGGUUCAACAAAUGAUCAUUUCUGCCUUCUCUGCUCUAGGAAUCUCAGGAUCAACAAUCAGGGAAGAUAAUCGCGAAGGGGCCUAAAGUUGGACGUCUUUUCCCAAUCCAGUUUUCAUUACCUCAAAGUCUUUCUUUGCCUUUACUUUAUUGUAAUUCUGCUAUUGUUGAUCACCAAGUGUGGCAUAAGCGUCUUGGACAUCCAAACGCAAAUGUACUUCAUGAGUUGCUAAAAUCUAAUUUUCUUGGAAAUAAACACACUCCAUCACUUAAUUCUGUUCAUUUUGAUUGUAUUCCUUGUAAGCUUGGUAAAAGUAAAAUUUUGCCAUUUCCAACACAUCAGUCUAAUGUAACACAACCUUUUGAUAUAAUCCAUAGUGAUGUUUGGGGCGUGGCACCAGUUAUAUCUCAUUCUCAUUACAAAUAUUUUGUAACUUUUAUUGAUGAUUAUAGUCGUUUCACAUGGGUCUAUUUUCUGCGAUCAAAAGAUGAAGUCUUUUCCACUUUCAAAUUUUUUCAUGCUUAUGUUCAGACCCAAUUUUCAUCAAAGAUCAAAAUAUUUCGCUCCGACAAUGGGGGGAAUACAUGUCACACUCAUUUCAGGAAUUUUUGCAAUCUAAUGGCAUUAUAUCUCAAAGGUCAUGUCCCUCAACUCCACAACAAAAUGGGGUAGCGGAAAGAAAAAACCGUCAUUUGCUUGAUGUUGUUCGCACCGUUUUGUUAGAGUCUCAUGUGCCUUCACGGUUUUGGUGUGAAGCUCUUUCCACUGCUGUUCAUCUUAUAAACAGAAUGCCAUCUCCAUCAAUAGGUAAUGAAUCCCCUUUCACUCGGUUAUAUGGUCACCCACCAAAUUACUCCACUCUACGUGUCUUCGGUUGUGUGUGUUAUGUCCACCUUCCUCCAUAAGAACGCACUAAGCUCACCGCACAAUCUGUUGAAUGUGCUUUUCUUGGAUACUCUCCUAAUCAAAAGGGUUUUUUAUGUUAUGAUCCUAACCUUCGUAGGAUUCGAGUGUCUAGAAAUGUCAUAUUCCAAGAAAAUAAAUAUUUUUUUGCAUCACAUCAUGACCUUGUCUCUUCUCCAGUUUCUGUUUUACCAAUGUUUUCUAACUCUCAUUCAGAUCAACAAUCAUCUAAACCUCUCUUGACCUACAAAAGA